AUGGCUAAUAAACUUAUUCCUGUAUUGCUUAUUUUAUUCUUGUCCAUUCCAAAUUUUGAUGCAAAUCAAUUAAGCGAGGAAGAUCCAGACGAAAAGCCUCGAUACCAACAAUAUGUGAACGAGCAGAAUUACCAUAUUCCCUUCAAAACACGCAUCAGUGAGCCUUUCAGAGAGUAUCAAACGGUGCACGCUGUAGGAAAAGUUAAUGCCGACCCAAAGAGGGUGGAUUUAAAUUUCUAUAAAGGUGGGAACGAGGAUGAUGAUAUGCCUUUACAUCUUUCAGUUAGAUUUGAUGAAGGCUUGUUUAAGGGAAAUGUGGUGUUUAAUACCCUAGUCAAUAAAAAUUGGUCAGAGCCGGAAGAGCGUGUUCAAAGUCCAUUCAAACCAGAUGAUGAAUUUGAUAUUCGGGUCCGAAUUUUGCCAGGAAAAUUUCAGGCAAUCUUAUAA